UUUAUACUAAGUCUUGGCGGCAGCCAUUUUGGUUUGUUCCUGUUUGUGAUUGCUUGACCUGCGUUGACUGGGACUGUGCAUUUUUGUUGUGAAUUGAAGCACUCUUCCAGAAUUGAAAACACUCUGGGUUAUAGAGCGACCAAGUAUUACCUUUUGAACGAAUCUGUACGUGAUCUAUCCAGACAGGAUAGAAUAACAUUUAUUUGUGGUGAUUGGUAAUUUUCUUGCAUCCUUUAUCAACGUUCUUAUUUAUUAUAGUUUAGAGUUGAUCAAUUAAACAAUUAUUGGUUGGAUAGCUGAGUGGUUAUAUUUGUUUAGGUAAUAAUGUACACUUAAAUUUAUGAUAAAUUAUAGAACCGCUAUCUUACCCAAUUACUUUGUUUUGGUUUCAAUCGGGCGAGGGCGCGUAUCUAACUCAUCCAGACAGCUGUCCAGCAGUCCAAACGUAGUUUGGAUCUUACAGUUCUAAACAAAUAUUUGGUCGAAUUCGUUUGGCUUUCGUUUCGUUGAUUCCAAUCAUCGUCUCUGGGAAUAUCUGGUCGUUCGCUUCCGAUGCCAAACAAUCGUCGAAGGAAAUUAAGUCCAAGGCUUGUGGAUGUUAAAAGAGAUGAACAAAAGGAUGGAUCCCCUCAAUCAAAGCAAGUGCCUUCUGAUGCUUCUAUGUGUCAUGGUUCAUAUUCUAAUAGGGACGAUUGUAAUUAUAGUGAAUCUAGUUGUGAUAUAAUGUCAGAUGGCAUAGAAAACCUUAAUUUAGACGUGAAGCAAGCAAAAGACGUAAGGCCGUCGGCGUUUUUCAUAGGUCCAGAGUUACCAAAGGUUGAGUUAGGUUAUUUCGACGGUCAACCAAGAGGUUACUGGAAGUUUUUAAGGGAGUUUGAGACCUAUGUGGAAUCAAGGGUCAAGGAUGAUGGUCAACGCUUGCUUUAUUUGAUACAUUAUUGUAAGGGUAAAGCGAAAACAGCCAUUGAGGGUUGUGUUAUGUUGGAAGCCUCUUUUGGUUACAAAAAGGCCAAAGAAAUUCUAAAACGGUUGUUCGGACAGGCGCAUGUAAUCGCUCGGGAGACUUUAGAGGACUUAUUCAAAACUACAAAUGUUGAUUACAGUGAUCCUGAGCAACUAACAAAUCUGGCUAUUAGGAUGGAAAAUUGUUCUAUGGUUUUGAAACAGAUGAAGUAUACUGCCGACUUAAAUUCUUUAAUUACCUUAGAGAGAAUAGUAGGACUCUUACCUCAAGUUAUGCAAGCCCAAUGGGCGGACUGGGUAGAUGAAUUGACUGAAGAUAAUAGAGAACCAACCUUUGACGAGCUUACACAAUUUAUAGCAUCCCGCGCGAGGGUAGCUAAUAGUAGGUUUGGACGGUUAGCGAAUCGUCCGAGAAAGGGACACAACGUAAAGACAAAUUGUCACUUGCAAUUGGAGCAGGCGAAUAAUUCGAAAGAGAAAGCUAAAUGCAGUGUGUGUUCCCUAGACCAUGCUAUUUAUAAAUGUCCAAAAUUUUUAGCGCUUACCGUUCAAGAGAGAUGGUCUCACGCGAAGGUUAAUGGCAUCUGUUUUGUCUGCCUCAGGCAAGGGCAUAAAGUUAGUGAAUGUAAGCUGGCAAAACGUUGUAACGUUGAGGGUUGUGAAAGGAAACACCAUUCUUUGUUACACAGCGAGAGUGAGAAACCUGGUACCUCGAGUUGUUGCGGAUAUACUAAAUCACUAAUCAGUCAAGUGUGUUUAGGAAUGAUUCCCGUACGGUUGAAAUCGCGAAAAGCCGAGAUUGUAGGUUAUGCUCUGUUGGACAACGGUUCUGAUGUGACACUGAUAAAAUCAAACUGUUUGAGGUCUCUCGGGCUGAACGAAGACCAAGCAUCAGUGGUAGUUGAGACUGUAGGCGGUAAUAGAACAAUGAAGGUCACGAGUGCGCCUUUCGAGGUAUAUUCUUUAGAUCGAUCUGAACAUGUUACGAUUGAAGGAGCUCUGAUUGUAGCACGUAUACCAGGUCAUAAGCCAACAAAGUCAGCAAUGAACAACCUAGUUAAGUGGCCGCAUUUAAGUGAUGUACCAAUAGAUAGCCUAGACUCUGAAGAAGUUUUACUGUUGAUUGGUUGCGACAUACCAGAAGCACACUGGGUGUUAGACCAGCGGUUGGGCGGAAGAAAAAGCCCGUACGCUGUGAAGACGUUGCUGGGGUGGACGGUUUUCGGACCUGCGUUAUGUUCGGAAUAUAGGAAAAGAGUAGUUAAUCAUACCAGUAAAUUACAGACUUUGGAGAACAAAAUACGUAAACCUUAUGAUGUAGAGUUUUCUGAUGUUUAUUCAAAUGAUAAAUCAUUAUCAGUAGACGACAAGACGGCUAUAAGGAUUGUGGAAGGUGGCACACGCUUCGUAAAUGGUCAUUUUGGAGUCCCUAUACCAUGGAAAGUGCACCCAAAUAUGGGAGGGGGGAAUUAUGAAGUGGCAAACAGUAGACUACAGAGUUUGAAGCGUAGAUUGUUGAAAGAUGACAUUCUGUAUAUCAAGUAUACAAAUGGUAUUGAAAGGCUUCCGACUAUGAAAGGGAUUCUAUUCAUAGUUUCUUCUCUGUUCGAUCCUUUGGGUUUAAUUGCUCCGGUCUGUCUUCCUGCCAAGGUCCUCUUGCAAAAAUUAUGUAAGUCCCAAAUAGGCUGGGAUCAGCCUCUCAACGAGCCAUACAAGUCCGCGUGGCCAAAUUGGGUAAAAUUUAUGCGUCAAACAGGUCCCAGAUUUGCAGGACUUCAAAGAUUCGUCGCUCGAGAUGUUGUUCAGAAAGCUCUUGUGGAAUUAGGCUUGUAUAGAGGUGAGAAAGAUAAUCCUGUGGUUGUACCGAUGUGUUCUCGAAGCAAAGAUAUUGUUGAACCAUUGUUGAAACCUCGAUGGUACCUACGUUGUAAGGACAUGGCUAAUGCGGCAAUGAAGGAGGUAUCUGAAGGCCGCUCACGUAUUAUUCAUAGUUUCCAUAUUCGUACAUGGAAUAAUUAACUUAAAGAUUGUCAGGAUUGGUGUAUUUCUCGACAAUUAUGGUGAGGACAUCAUAUUCCUGCUUUUCAUGUUUCGAUUCGACGUCCUGGCGUAGAUAAUUUAGAAGUUUUAGAUCCUACAGAUCAUAAUUCAUGGGUAGUUGGUCAUACAAUCGAAGAAGCACUUCAAAAGGCCUGUGAUAAUUUCCAUUGUUCACCAGAUAACUUAACUUUAAACCAAGAUAAUGAUGUAUUAGAUACGUGGUUCUCUUCACAAUUAUUUCUAUUAUCUGGAUUUGGUUGGCCUGAACAAAUACCAGAUUUAAAGGCUUAUUAUCCUGGUAGUUUAUUAGAAACUGGGCAUGAUAUUAUAUUUUUCUCGGUUGCACGUAUGGUUAUGAUUGGUUUGAAAUUAAUGGGACAAUUACCAUUUCAUACGGUCUAUUUACAUGCUAUGGUUCGUGAUGCUCAUGGCAAAAAAAUGAGUAAAUCUUUGGGUAAUUCAGUCGAUCCAGUAGAUGUCAUCAAUGGAAUAUCUUUAGAAGGCUUACAAAAACAACUAGAACAAGGGCACGCAGGAACGUCCCAAGUAUUGGCUAUAAUUCGAAAAUGGUAUUGGAUAAUGAAGGCAACCAGCACGGUUAAGAGAGUGAUAGGUAUGUGUGUGACAUGCCGGCGGUUUACGAUGAAUACAGGGCAACAGUUGAUGGCGCCGCUUCCAGCUUGUAGAGUUCAACCAGGAUGGUAUAGCUUCUCAGCCGUGGGAGUAGACUACUUUGGACCACUUGUUGUCAAGAGAGGAAGAUCAUUAGAAAAAAGGUAUGGAUGUAUAUUUACUUGCUUGCAAACCCGAGCAGUACAUAUUGAACUGACACACAGUUUGAAUACUGAUUCGUUUAUAAUGGCCUUGCUACGUUUUAUUGGAAGAAGAGGGAAACCUGCAGAAAUUUACAGUGACAAUGGGUCAAAUUUUGUGGGUGCGGUCUCUGAGUUAAGGAGAUUUGUGCAACAGUUGAAUCAACAGAAAAUAGACAAAGAACUGUCAGCUAGGCAGAUUCAGUGGCAUUUUAACCCGCCCUCAGCCAGCCACAGGGGUGAGGUUUGGGAAAGGAUGAUUAGGUCCAUACGCCGACUGUUAUUGCUGAUAACUAGAGAGCAGACUCUAACCGAUGAGACUUUAAACACUUAUUUGAUUGAGAUUGAAAGGAUAUUGAACGAUCGACCCUUAACUCCGGUCGUUCAAGAUGCUAACGAUAAACUAGCUUUGUCGCCAAACAGUUUGUUGUUAUUGAGAGAAUGUGACGGAAUAGUCGAAGAAGGUAGCAUCAGAGAUAAAUAUGACAAACGUUGGAAACAGGUUAAUCAUCUUGCUAAUGUGUUUUGGAAAAGGUGGUUAAGAGAGUAUUUACCAUCCCUACAAAAACGUCAAAAGUGGUUAGUUGAACACCGCAAUUUUCAGAAAGGGGAUGUAGUGAUCGUGGCUUCGGACAUAUCGACGCGUGGAAAAUGGCCCUUAGGAGUAGUUGAAGAUUGUGAAAUAGAUGACGACGGAAGAGUUAGAACAGUGGUUGUUCGUACGAACGGUGGAUUAGUCAGGAGAGAUAUACGUAGAUUAUGCCUCCUUGAAGGCUCGAAUUAGUUCCUCGUAUUAUCAAUGUAGGUAGGUCGAGUAGGCGUACUGUUGUAAGUCCUAUUCAUUCCUAUAGUGUCAUAUGCUACAUAAUGAACCAUGACCAUAGGCAUCAAGGUAGCUUGUGUGAUAUGGAGGGAUUUUGGGGGCCGGUGUAAGAUCCAUUUUGAAUGCUUUGUGUGUUCGUGAAAAUCCCUCCAUGUAUAUACUUGCACUUUGUUCCUAUUGAUUCUUUUAGUCGUACAAUGUUAACUUUUUGACUACAGUUGAAUUGUUAAUAUUUGUAUUUUAUUAUAGUUUUCGUUUUUACCACACCUUCACUAAUUCCCUAUGCUUCUUCCCGAACUGCACUUAUGUUGUUUUACUUUAUACUAAGUCUUGGCGGCAGCCAUUUUGGUUUGUUCCUGUUUGUGAUUGCUUGACCUGCGUUGACUGGGACUGUGCAUUUUUGUUGUGAAUUGAAGCACUCUUCCAGAAUUGAAAACACUCUGGGUUAUAGAGCGACCAAGUAUUACCUUUUGAACGAAUCUGUACGUGAUCUAUCCAGACAGGAUAGAAUAACAUUUAUUUGUGGUGAUUGGUAAUUUUCUUGCAUCCUUUAUCAACGUUCUUAUUUAUUAUAGUUUAGAGUUGAUCAAUUAAACAAUUAUUGGUUGGAUAGCUGAGUGGUUAUAUUUGUUUAGGUAAUAAUGUACACUUAAAUUUAUGAUAAAUUAUAGAACCGCUAUCUUACCCAAUUACUUUGUUUUGGUUUCAAUCGGGCGAGGGCGCGUAUCUAACUCAUCCAGACAGCUGUCCAGCAGUCCAAACGUAGUUUGGAUCUUACAAUCAAUACGAGACAAAAACUCAUUCAUUUCUAUGGGAUGUAAGGAGGAAGAGAUAGGCAUAAAUACAGUGAGAUCAACCGCAUAUUUCACAAAAGUGUUUUCUUUGGAAGAUGGCAGAUCAUGCAG